AUGAAGUGCCAACUGUGUGAUAAUAAUACUUGGUCAAUAGAUUCCAAUACUACAUUAUGCCCUACAUGUAGACAAAUUAAUCGAUCCGAUUUAUUUUCUAAAAUAUUGGCUACCCUAUUAGAUAUGUACUCUACUAACAAAGAAUUUGAUGUAAUAAAAGACAAAUGUAUACAGUUUAAUAAAAUUAUUAAAAAUUAUCCUUUAUUUAUUACACCCUUUUGCACAUUUGAUCCUGAUGAACAUGAUACAGAUCGUAUUGCACUUCCUUAUCUUCGAACUUAUGUAAUAUCUGAAGACAAUAAUAUUCUUCAAAAACAUCUUCCUGUUAAAAUGGAUACACCAAACGGUAGUUGUCUCUAUAAAACUAUUGCUAUUCUCUGUCGAUUAGACAUUGAAGAUGGAGCAAGAGAAUUAAGAGUACGAAAUGUAAUCGAUAUGAUAAUCAAUGCAGAAGUAUAUCAUUCAGCUGAUCCUGAUUUACAUUCUUGUUUACAAUGGGGUGAAACAUGGAAGUAUUUUGUAUUGGAACAAUUACGAGAAACACAAUCGAUGAGUAGUCUCAAUGCUGUUUUAACACUCUGUAUACAUAGUCUUUCGAAUAUAAUCAAUAUGAGAAUUCGAUCAGUCUAUCCGAAUGUACCCGGUGGCAAUGAUGAUCUUCGAAAACGACUUGAUCGAAUAUUUUCUCCACUAGAGACUCAAUCAAAUGAAAUAAUACUUUUGACAAUAACCAUAUUAUGGUCAAAUACGAAACAUAUAUCAUCACAUAGUACUAGUACAAUGUGGAUACCAGAUACUGUAAUACCACUUUUACCAAAACCAGAUUGUUAUACAAAUGAUAUGUUGAUUUCCCCAAGAGUAAACUCAGCUGCUUUACAAAAUCCAGCAGAACGAAGUUUUUAUAUACUUUCAUGUUUUUGUCCUAUAACACAAAGUGCAUUAAAUGAAGUUGUAUCUUAUUCUGAACAACAAAAACAUUCCGAAGCAGAAAUGAAAAAAGAAAAUACAAAAGUAUCUGAAUUUCAAUGUCCUAAGUGUUCGAAUAUAUGUAAUGAUUAUCGAUUUGAUUGGAGAGCAGUUACUCUAUUUCGUCAGAAUUUUAAUGGUGCUCGUUUAACUUAUAUUCUCGUUGAUAUAACAUCAUCGAUGACAUUUAAUCUUCUUAAAACUAUCACUAUUGAUAAAAAAUCUUCUUUACCACGAAUUAUUCAAACUAAAGAAGCUAUAAAACAAUUAUUAAAAGAAAUUGCUGCAGCAGCUGGUCCUUUAGAUCAAGCUAUUUUAACGACAUUCGACGAUAAACUUAAAAAACCUGCUCUAAUUCCAUUAUGUGAUGCUAUUGAUGUUGCUAAUGUAUCAAAUUUAAAUCGUAUUGAUGCAAUUGAACUAAGUCCUCGAUCAAUACAUACAUAUUUUUAUACAGUUUUAAAAGAAGUCUAUGAAAUGUUUGAACGUCAACCAUUUUUAUAUAUUGAUCUCUAUAUAUUUUCUGAUGGAAUUGAUACAAGUUCAAAAAAGAAUGAUAAAACAUAUCAAGCAAUAAUUCGUGGUUUAAAUCAAAAAAUUGGUGCAAAAUGUCAUUUUAUGAAUUGUGGUUCAGCAUCUGAAGGAUUUUCUGUCGCAGCUUGGUUAGGUGAUGCCGAUGUUGAUUGUCCUUUAUCAGGUGAUAUUGAUGAAAUUAAAACACAAGUUAAAGCUGUUUAUAAAAAAGAUCAUGCAAGAAAUGUUGAUGUAACUUCGACGACUAUUCGUUUUCGAGGAAAAACACUGGAUGUACCUUUACCAAAGUUAACUACUUUUAUGACUGAUACAGAAGCUGCAUCAAUUCGUCUGUCACGUCAAAAACUUUCAUCAAAAGAUGAAGCUUCACUAACAAAUACGACAAAUCGACGUUCUAAUCCAAAUCUUAUGCAUAUUGAAGAUUAUUUAGCUGCUUUACCACCACCACCAACACGUUCUCGUUCUGUUACAGCUACUGAUUGUAGAUCGAAAUCACCAGAAAUAUUUAAGAUUGUUACACGUAACUUGAGUGCUAAAAAACUUAAUAAAGUUUAA